GUGUGCGUGUGUACAUGUGUUUAUGGACGCUCUUACGAAAUGUGCGACGCAGCCGGUUUUCGUCGGUUCCUUCGAGACGCGGAAAACGUGCUGCACGCCUCUCGCGCCCUCGACUCUGUGUUUACAAACACCGCGGUGGCGGAGGAAGUUGCCGCGCGCGCGCGCGUUAGUUAACGACGGUUAAUCGCGAGCGGAAGAAUUUCCGAAACGAACGAGGUAGAAAGGGAGACGCGACGCGCCGCGCCGCGACGCGUCGCGUCGCGUCGAUUCGAUUUAUUGCCCGCGUAUAUUAUGUAUGUGUCGUCGUUGCCAGCAGCGAGGAGUAACGAUCAGCGGCUGGCGUUCCGCACGCGAGUGACGAGCGUCGUUAAUUUUUCUCUCUCUCCCCUCCCCCCCCUUCUCUCUCUCUCUCUCUCUCUCUGUCGAGUUGGAGAGGUAAGAUCGCGUGAUGAUUCGGCGAGCGACGACGAUUUCGUGUCGGGAUGACGUGUGCACGGUUUCUGGUUUCUGGCUGCUGCGUAGCUCCUGUUUUUCCACCGGGCGAGCGUAGGCGUGACGCUUAUUUUUCCCUGAAAGCGCGUCUAAUGAGAGGGUGGCGUGGGGCCAGUCGCCGCUUUCGUCGACUCGCGGCUCAUUACCGCGUGUUAUAUAUAUACAUAUAUAUAUAUAUAUAUACUUAUAUAUAUACAUAUACACGCACGUGUGAAAUGUCGCGUAGUCCGCGGCAAUCGAGCGAUCGACGUGUCACGUGCGGCACGCGACGCGCUUUUAAUAUAAUAAAUUCUACCUGCGCGCGCGAGGUAGCGGCGAGUCGUCUUCUGCGCGUUUCGCGAGGUGGAAUCAAUCGACGGGGAGGGCAUGGCCGUAUGUGUGUGUACGUGUUUGUGCGUGUGACGAUGGUAUUGCGCGGCAUCGCGUAAGAUCGCCGUACCUCUACCCCACGCACGCUCCCGCGCACUUGAUUCUUAACGACGUAUUUCGAAGCGCGAUGACGAGUGCGCGAUUUAGUGACGGGGGGGCGCGUAAACCCGGAAGCUCGUCGUCUCUUCUUUCCCAUCCCACUUGCCUCCCCCGCUCUCCCCCGGGAGGGGGGGGGGAACAAACGGGGGUUUAAUCGACGGGAAACGUCGACGGAGCGCCGGAGUAUCAGCUACUGCGCGCUAUACUCGCGGAUUUGCAUGUCGCGAAAUAAUAUCCGCCACGUUGGCUUUAACGGCGCUCGAAUCCUCGGCGACGAAUCUAGAAACGUAAAUCCACAAUCUGUCUCUAUUCUUUCCUCCUUCCUGUGAGAGAGAGAGAGAGAGAGAGUAGAUUAACCGAUAGAAAAUUUUUACGAUCAGUUCGGCUAGUUUUAGUCCCGGGAUAUCCAUAUAAUACGGAGUGGUAUAACUCGCGUUGGGUUUAACGACGCAUUUCGGUGAUUAAUCCACGUCCGCAGUGCGGCAAAACGCAAACUGCGAAGUCACAUUCUUCUUUCUUUCUUUCUUUCAUUCUGUUUUCGACUCACAGAAAAUUUUGACAGACAAGUUCAGCUGCUUCGUGCUUAUUACACUUGUACGUGGAAUAACAUCCGUCGCGUUGACGACGCAUCUCACUGACGGAUUCGAAAACCCGCACGGCAAGAAAGCGCAAAUGUCGAAAACUUAUUUUUCUUUUUUCAAAAGAAUAAAUUAACCGACGGAAGAUUUUGACGGACAAGCUUAGCUGCUCCGUGCUCAGGCUUGUACGUGAAAUAACAUCCGUUGUCGCUUUGACUUUAAUGACGCAUUUUUUUGCGUCACGAAUUCGCGCGACAAAGAAAACACAAAUUUUUAACAUUUGUUUUCCUUGUUUUAAAAAGGCAAGUUAACUGGCGGAAGAUAUUGCCGGAAAAAUUUAACUACUUUGUGCUCAGACUUGUAUGUGAAAUAAUUUCACUGCUUUAACUUUAAUGACGCAUCUUUUGCGACGAAUCUGCGCGACGAAAAAAUACAAAUUAAAAAAUUCGUUUUCCUUGUUUUAAAAACGUAAAUUAAUCGACGGAAGAUUUUGAUGGACAAAUUCAACUAGUUUGUGCUCAGAUUUGUAUGUGAAAUAAUUUCGUCGCUUUGAAUUUAAUGAUAUAUUUUUGCAACGAAUCCGCGCGACGGAAAAAACACAAAUUUAAAAAUUCGUUUUCCUUGCUUUAAAAAAGUAAAUUAACCGGCGAGAAGAUUUCGGCAGAAAAACUCAACUACUUUGUGCUCAGACUUGUAUACAGAAUAACAUCCGUUAUUACAUCGGGUUGACUUUGACGACGCAACUCUGCGACGAGUCCGCGUCCUCCGCACAGCGAGAAAAACGCAAAAAUUCAGAGAUUCUUUUUUUAAAAUAGUAAAUUAACCAACGGAAGAUUUUACAAACAAGUCGGCUACUUUGUUCUCAGACCUGUAUACGAUGUAAUAUAGCUCGCGUUAACUUUGACGACGCGUUUCAGCGACGAAUCCGUUUCUGUACGACGGAGGGGAACUGCACAAGUCUGAAAACUCGUUUGCUUCCCUUUUUCUCCAUCUCUUUUCAAAAGGGUAGAUUAACUAGCAGAAAAAUUUGUCGGGCAAACUCAGCUGCUUUACAGUCAGACUUGUGUUGUGUAAAAUAAUAUUGACAAUAAUGAUGCAUUGCGGCACAACUUUUUUCCUUUCUUGUUUCUUUUUUAAUAUUAAAAGGACAGGCUAACAGAAAAUGAUAACAACAAGUUCAACUUGUGCUGUGUAUUCGUACUUGUAUGUAAAAUUUUUAACACGGUCACUUUGCGAUGGCCCGUCGUCGAUCUUUAUUAUUCGGAAAGUUAUUUCGGUAUACGACCGAUACGAUCGAUCAACAGACGACAUCUUAUCUUGAAACUUGGAUAGGUGAGCGUAAACAUUCGACCGUUCUGAUAGAUAUAGAAGAAAAGAAAGCGGCCAAGGGGACAACAGGUUAAUAAAUUAUGCUCAAUUAAAUUAUGCUCGAUUGUUAAUGUUGUUGUGUCGUGUUCUAAGCUAAUCAUAUUUGAAAAUAAUCAAAUCCCGUGGGAUUUCAUCCCACGUUCCUCUAGCAUUUUAAAAAAUACAAUACCAUAAUAUCUUUUUAAAAUUAAUUUCCGAAAUGUUUAAAGUACAUCGAAAAAAAAACAUCGUUUUAUAAUAUAUUAUUUAGGUCGAGGUGUGAGAAUGUUAAACGUUGACACGACGAAAGACCCAAUACCCGAAUAAAUCUAUUAUAUCACGCGAUCACGAAUCCUCAGUAUCUCGCGUUCCAGCUUUUACUCGAAUAUUUAACGUUAACCCACAAUGCACAGUUCCCAACGUUAGUUAACAGAUUCUGAAUUCCGUGCGCCUAAGAGAGAGAGAGAGAGAGAGAGAGAGAGAGAGAGAGAGAGAUUGCGUCCUUUGUGUACAUAUCAUCAGAAAAUUACAUUCAGCUAUGACGGUCACGUUUUUCACUGCUGGGUGUAACGUUGCUCAUUUUUCUUCUCCCUUUUUUUUCAUAUUUUCCAUCCCCCGCGCAUACAUAAAAUUUCCACUUUUUCUCCGGGUUCACCUGGUUUGCGGCAAUGUAAAGUGGGAGCUUGAAAGGCCCAAAGUGGCAUGUUUUCACGUGUUUCUAGCGGCAACUACUGUUUACAAUAGCGUUGAUUGGAAUGUACCGUUCGGAUUCGGAGCUGCCUGCUGAAAGUUCAGGAUCCAUUGUCACCGAGCACAUGUUCCCUCGCGCGCAGCGUUAAAUUCGCGCGGUUGUUUGCCGCCGUUCGUCUGGUCUGCCCGCGUUUUCCUCGCCUAUUUUCACCCGCGUUCCGUUUUAAUAAUUGCAAAACUGUACGUUAAUUGACUAACCGACUAACAAAUCGGCGCACGUGCAGUCGAGUUUUCACGCAUAAUUUUACAUACCUGUGCAUAUUUUGCGCCAAACGUACAUAACGUCAGCGCGCGCGCGCGCGCGCGCUCUCGGAACAAUCGGUCAUUUGCACCGUUAUGAAUGGAUUAAAGAUCGAAAGGGAUCAUUUAUCAUAAUUAUCUCAGCCUGUCGUUUAAGCUGUUACAAUCUCUCCGAUCGCACAAGGCACGGCUUGUCCGAGUCUCGCUUUCCCCGGCGAUACUUUCUCUCCUUUCGAGAAACACAACAAAAAUAUCCCCUCCGCGGCCUCUAUAAUCGCGCCAUUUAAUUGAUCGCGAGGCUAUAAAUAACUUACGUUCACCUGUUCUUGAAGCGCAAAGUGUGAUAUCAAAUGCGCCGGGUUACCGCCAGCGCAGUCGUGAGAAACGACCCGGCGAGGAGAAAUAUCGUAAAGUGUGCCGGCGCGCAUUUUCAGCGCGAUCUCUUUUUUUUUUCCGGGAUCGCGCGCGCGCGCUCUUGCGCAACCGUCAAAACAAACGACUCACGUAAGUCGGAAUGAUAAGUGAACGCGGGGUGUAUAUAUUCUUCGCGCCACGCAGCGCGAUCUGAUAGCAGCCGUAGAGUAAAUUAAAGGCCCCCGGGAAACCACUAUCUCGUGAGCCAGGGCAUGCGCGAUAAAAAGAAAGGGAAAAAGGGGGGAAAAAAGUGUAUAUACCGCAUAAUACGGUAUACGGAGGAGUAAUUUACAACUCCGCGUGAGGUACGAAACGGACAAUGCGCGUUUUGCAUUGAAUGAAGCGGUCCGAUUCCGAUUUCCCCCCCCCGUCCCUUCCGCUCUCCUUCCUCCACGCCGUGUUGUUUCCUCGCUCUUCCCCCUUUCUCCCCCACCUCCCGCCCAUCUCGUUAUGCAAUUUGGAAUUAUGCGGUAUGCGGUGUGUACACGUAAACGCGGACCGCAUUCACGUUUCGUGCGGAUCUGUGCGGAAUACAUUUUCGUACUUGAAGUCACGGGACACAGGAUGUAUAUAUAGCCGGCAGAGCUAUCGGCAAACACACGUAGGCACUCGACAAACGCAAGGCAGGUCAAAUGCGCGUUAAUUACGUAUCGGGCGAAUCGAUCGAGCGUAUGUUCCUACGCUUAAUAACAAGUUUCGAGGCUUAAACGUCGGUGUGUAAAUACCGUCGGAGGUGUAUGCGGGUCUCACGAACGCGCGCGUCCUUGAGAGAGCGAGGAUUAAAUGCGAUUGAAUUUUAUCGGGCUCUAAGCUACACGUCGAAGGGUUGGGCCGCUGCGACGCGAGUUUUUUUUUUUUUUUUAAUAAAAAAACGGGAGGGAGGAGAAAUAAAUUGACGCCAAGAUCCCCGAGAUCGAGUUUCAAUAUCGAAAACCUUAUCGAUUAUAAAAUUUUAUUGACCCUUGAUGCCUAUAAAGGAUAUUAAAUUGGAUCUAAUUCGUGGGAUAAUUUUCAAAGUGAAAGCAAACUUUUUGGUCCAGUCGGUCUUUCGAUUGCAAUUUCUUAAUCCAAAGAAGAAAAUCCAAAUGUAACAUCGGCGUUGCAUUAGUACAGGAUUGAAAGAAAAAAAAUAAAACAAGUUGAUUUCUCGUGACUUUCGGUGAACCCCGUAACCUUUUGAUAGCGCUGGGAUGCUUUCUCUCCGAUGCUCUUCGCACUUCUUGCAUCUCUGUUAGCCGUGCCUGUUCUUACAAUACAGACAGAUACGAGUAACAGGCAAUUACAACGGGCCGAAAAGAGGCCGUUUUUCAACCUCGCGAGUUCGCGAUAACGCGCCUGUCGUGUUUAAUUCAAAAAUUGCCGAGCACCGUGCGAACGCGGCGGGUCCCCCUUGUCGUUCGGAAGUUAUCUCGGUCGUGAAAAAUGUGCUUCCGCGCACGAUAAAGUCAUUUGCGUGCGAAAUGUAUGCGCGGACGAUGAUACUCGGCGUAUAUAUACGACUUCUUGAAAUCUUGUAACCCCGCAUUUUCCAUGUCAUUGGAGUAUUUCCGUUCUCCUUCGAUUAGCCGGCUCUCCCGGUCCCGUACCGCGGCGGUUGUGUGUACGUUAGCUUCUCUCUCUCUCUCUCUCUCUCUCUCUCGCAAGGAGGUUUUUUUUACGUUACACGAGGAAAAAGGGAAACGUUUUUAUGGGCAAUUUAUACAGAUAGCUCUUGAGGGAUAUCGAGUAUUCUUUGUUCGAGAGGGAGAAAUGUAUUCUUCGAGGAAGCGCGGAACAGCAUGUGGAAUGCAUCAAACGCGCCCCGUGACGCAUCUCCCUCGCGGUACGUCGUGCAUUAUUUCCGUUUCGCGGAGGAGGAUCGCGGAAUACCGCGAUGCGCCGACGGUAAAGUCCAGCGAGGUUGCUCGCUCGAGUCCAUUGUCGAUCGAGAGCGAGGAAGAGAGAGGGAACAGAGGAUAUCGCGAGCGCGCGCGCGCGCGCGUUAUACUUUAUAUCGUUCAAAGGUUAGCAUUUCCAUUUGCGUCGCCGCCCUUCGCUCGUGACGUCCGACAGUCGACACCCGUCAGUCCGUCUUCCGCCAUUUACACGGGGCUCCCUCGUUCGGCUCCUCGUCGUAAGUGUACACAAAAGGACAACCGAGCAUGGCGUGCGCGCGGGGAGGGACGGGCAAGAAGAAGGAGAAGGAAGAGAAGGUGGAGGAGGGGGAGAAGGAGAAGGAGCCCGAAGACAGCGAAGUGGCGGCGGAUGAUGCUUUGCCCCCGACGACCGUUGACGCGCGCACCGAAACACGGAAAUAUUUUUAUGGUGCCAAGCGACGCGUCGGAACUUUUGUUCCCGCUGCGUCUCUCUCGCCCUUUCGUUCUCUCUCUCUUUCUCCCGUCGUCCGACGCUUGCCCCGGUCCUGCCUGUCCCGUCGAUUUCCCCCUACCACGAGCGCCCGCGCUUUCGACCCUCGCGCCGUAUCCCUCCCCCGUAUCCGUUGCUCCCGGCCGGAGAGUCGCGCCCCCACUCUACUCCCUCUUUUCCUCCCUCCCUCCUUCCCUUUCGUUCCUCCGUAUAUCUCUGCUGCGCGAACGGGUAGAGAGACAUGAAUCGGCGCGGCCGUGUUUUCAAGCGAGUACACGAGGCUCGACAGCGGCUGGCUUGGUCUCGUAUCUACGAUCUGGACGAGAGCCGCCGCCGUCGUCGUCGUCUCCGUCUCUUCUCCCUGCUGCUGCUGCUGCUGCUGCUGUUGCUGGUGUGAUUUCGGCAUGGCAAGUAAUGUGGGACAUGGCAACGGUGGCAGUGCUUCAGUGAUUCUGUUAUCGACCCGCCAUCGACGUCGUCGGCAAGGUCCACUUUCAGCCGGGGGAACGACGCUGUACCCACGGGCCACAUAAUUACGGCGCGCGACAACGGCGCAAUUAUGAAGGCCAAAAUGUACUUCGAUAAGGAGGUGCUGUGAGGAAGAUAUCCCGAAGGCAUUAUCCGCGAUCAGCCUUACGCAACCCUUGCGGAAACUCGCGCGACCUCAAGACUUCUGAUUCUUCCGGGAAAGGAAACACCCCCGCGAGUUUGAAACCGGGUUACCCGGAGCCCGCACGGGGAAGGGAGAGUCGGAGAAGGGUUCACGCGAGCCUGGACGAACGCGGACGAUCGAUCGAUUACCUCCUUGCGGGAGGAAGAGAGGAGAAGGAGGAAGAGAAGGAGGAGGAGGAAGAGGAGCAGGAGGAGGAGGAGGCGUGUAGGAGGACAAGAGCGCGGAAAUAACCCAGAGUGUUUUUCUCGUGGGGGAACCGCGUCGCAUUUAAUCCGCAGUCUACUAAUUACCGCCUUUGAGAGGUCCAAGAAAAAGGUCAAACAAUCGGACGCGAUCAAGGCUGUAGGCGGGGGUGAAAGAGGUGAACGAAGGAGAGUAGGGACGAGUUCGCAGGGUCGACUAUCAAUCGUCGAUCAAUCAAAGAAAACGAAAGUGGUGGUCGGGGCGGCACGUGGGGAUAAGGUCGGGAACGUUCAACGGGAGGCUUUCAAACGCGCGGUGUUCAAUGAGACAAGGAGAUGAAGACGAGGAAGUCGCUGCUGCCGAUCGUUCUGUUGUGCGUCACGGUGGUGGGCCUGGCGCUCUGCCAGGAGAAAAGGUGGCCGAAAGCAGCCACGAAGCACCGGGAUAAAAGCACCAAGGGCAAGUACGAUCCUGAUUACGCGGACAGGACGAGGGAGGAGGAUUCCGCCGAGUUCUACUACGAUCGGAGCUCGGUGGUCACCAGCUACUACGACUUUAGAUCCCCGGUCACCCUAGCCGCUUACAGAAACAACAGGGCGAUCGAGAAGUCCAGAUCCACGGAUGUCAGACCGAAAAACAAUCAGCAGUCUAGUCAAUCGUCGAAUCUACCCAAGUCGCCCAUGAAAUCGAGCGAGGAAGUAGGACGGGAGAAAGGACGAAGAUAUAAGAAUAUGACGAUCGGGGACGGUAUUUGUCAGAGCAUAGAUAUCAGGAACAGUGUCGACAGUUUCUCAGUAUUGAAAGAGUGCCGUGUAAUCGAGGGCUUUUUGCAAAUCGUACUAAUCGAGAAUAAUACCGAGGCGGAUUUCGAGAACGUUACCUUCCCGGAGUUAAGAGAAAUUACCGGAUACUUUCUUUUAUAUCGCGUGGACGGUCUGAAGAGUCUCAGCAAACUCUUCCCGAAUCUCGAGGUCAUCAGGGGCGAUAUACUUCUGACGGACUACGCCUUCAUGAUUUACGAGAUGAAGAACUUGCAGGAGAUCGGCCUCACCAACCUGACAAAGAUAUCCCGGGGUGGUGUACGCAUAGAGAAGAAUCCCGCUCUCUGUUUUACGAAUACCGUGAAUUGGAGUCUUAUCGUCCCGGCCGGCGAGAACUUCAUUAAAGAUAAUGGAAACGAUUUGAAUUGCCCGCACGUGAAAGGCUGCCCGCAAUGUCCUGGCAAUUAUUGUUGGACUGCCCAACGUUGCCAGAAACUAGAAAGACCAAAAUGUCACGAACAAUGUCUCGGGGAAUGUUACGGUCCGAGCGAUACCGAAUGUUACGUAUGCAAGCAUUAUCGGCACGAGGGAAGAUGCAUUGAAACCUGUCCGCCUAAUUUAUACGCAUAUCUCUCGAGACGGUGCAUCAGCAAGGACGAAUGCCAAAAUAUGAAUCAUCAUAUCAGAAGACUCACUAAAUCGGAGGAUGUACAGAUAUGGCGACCUUUCAAAAAUUUCUGUGUCACUCAGUGUCCUGAGGGUUACGAAGAUUACAUCGACGACAAAAAUGUAACAGCUUGUCAAGCUUGCACAGGACAGUGCCGUAAAUUCAGUAAAGGUGCUAUCAUACGCCACAUUUCGGAUGCUCAGAGUUUCCGUGGUAUAACGGUAGUGAAGGGUGCUCUAGAGUUUCAAAUCAGAAAUGGUAAUCCAAAUAUAAUGAAUGAGUUAGCAGAUGCGUUCGGUUUAAUCGAAGAAAUAACCGAAUAUCUGAAGAUAUCGCACUCUUUUCCGAUUACGUCGCUGAGUUUCUUCAAGAAGCUCAAAGUGAUCAAGGGUGAAGGUCUAGAUAUGAGUAACGCGAGUUUCAUAGUCAUAGACAAUCCGAAUCUCUCCGCCCUCUUUCCGCCGUCUCAAAAAAUAACUAUAGAGAAUGGCAGGUUGUUCUUUCAUUAUAAUCCUAAACUCUGUCUUUCCAAGAUAGAAGAGUUCGGUAAAAUGGUGAAUAUUACUAAUUUCACGGAUAUUGAGGUCGAGCCGGUAUCGAACGGCGACAAGGUCGCCUGCAACAUCGUUAAUAUAAACAUCACGGUGAAAAAGCGGGAAGCGGAUCAUGUGAUUCUGAGUUGGGACAGCUAUAAACCAGCGGAGGGCCAACAGCUUCUCAAUUACCUGUUAAAUUACAUAGAAACUGAGAACGAGAACAUAACUUACGAAGCGAACGCUUGCGGUAAUAACACGUGGCAAAUCGUGGACGUCAAUAUACUACCGAGUUGGAAUUCAACUGUUUCAAAGUAUAUCUCGAACUUGAAACCAUACACCAAAUAUGCCGCGUUUGUGAAAACAUUUGCGGCAAGAGACAAGAAUUCUUCGAAUACCUUUGUAACCCCGGUGGGUCAAUCGGAGAUUAUCUUCUUUCGGACGAAGAGCACGAUACCUUCGAUACCGACGAAUGUGAGCUCAACCGCGAUAAGCGACAGUGAAAUUCUACUUAAAUGGAGCCCGCCGAUUUAUCCCAAUGGUCCCAUAGGCUAUUAUAUGAUCACCAGUACGAUUCGAUUGGACGACGAGGAACUGGUCGCUUCGCGAAAUUAUUGUGUCGAUACUUUGAUCAACGAACCCAAAAAGGAAGAAAUACACGAAAUGACGAUUAAGACGCCAUUGGUCUCGAAUCCCAGUUCCUGCUGUGUCAAAGACGCAAACACCAAGACUAAGCAGUUUGAACUAUUCUGUCAUAAAAAUAUGACCAUCAGCAAUUUGUCACCCGGCUGGAAAGAUUACUGUGUCUUUAAUAACUAUAAUUUGCCAGAGAGUAAAUUUCAUGAUAUGGCAAACAAUUUAUCCACUUUAGCGCAAGAAGGACAAAAAAUUGCAACAGAUGUUUCGGCUAACGUUGAUAGCGGCAACCAUCUGAAUGAGGAAAUCCAUUUGUACAACGUUAGUGCGCAAAAUACUACGUAUCUUUUGAAGAACUUGCGUCAUUAUUCUUUGUACACUAUCACGAUCGCCGCAUGUGGCGCCAAGACGGAAAAAAAUAUCCCGAUGUGUUCGUCCAUUCAAUAUGCGAAUAUCCGGACACUGAAGCGACUGAACGCGGACGAUGUUCAUAACGUGAAGGUUCACGUGACUAACAAUACGAUAGUCGAAGUCACCUGGGAAUCGGUCAAGGAUCCAAACGCGUUUAUCGUCUCGUACAGCAUUGAGUAUACGAAUCUGGACGUGAAGGAUGCGAAGAAGAGCACUGAGUGCAUACCGUACAUCGGCCGCGAAGAGAUUCAUCUUAAUCAUUACAUCAGAAAUCUCAGUCCGGGUAGAUACAGCCUCAGAAUUCGUUCCACGUCGUUAGCGGGUGAUGGCGCUUUCACCGACGUAAUCUAUUUCUCAGUUGGUCUAUCGGAGAACAAUGAAAUAAUGAUUAUAACGCUGAUGAUUUUAGCCGUGCUAGUCGUCAUUGUGAUUACAAUAAUGUUUUUUAUUAAGAACCGUCAGAAAAAGAAAACACAGGAGCGAUUGAUAGCCAGCGUAAAUCCAGAUUAUAUCGAGACUAAGUAUGUCGUCGAUAGCUGGGAAGUACCCAGAGAAAAUGUUGAGAUCUUAGAGGAGCUCGGUUUGGGUAAUUUCGGCAUGGUGUACCGAGGAUAUCUAGACGGUACCGGUCAAGUAGCCAUCAAAACGAUCUCCGAAACAGCUAGCCAGCGAGAAAAGAACGAGUUCCUGAACGAAGCUUCAGUCAUGAAGAACUUUUCGACAUGGCAUAUCAUCAAAUUGCUAGGCGUAGUUUCCAUGGGCAAUCCGCCAUUCGUUAUUAUGGAACUUAUGGAGAACGGUGAUCUAAAAACGUACCUACGUAGGAUACGUGACACUCAGAUGGUGCCGAAUGCAUCCAGAAUAAUGAGAAUGGCCGCGGAAAUCGCCGACGGUAUGGCCUACCUAGAGUCCAAGAAAUUCGUGCAUCGCGACCUGGCCGCUCGCAAUUGCAUGGUGUCCAAGGACCUGGUCUGCAAGAUUGGUGACUUUGGCAUGGCGAGAGAUAUCUACGAGACUGAUUAUUACAAGAUUGGCAAGAAAGGCCUUCUGCCAAUACGCUGGAUGGCGCCGGAGAAUCUCUCCGACGGCGUAUUCACGUCCGACUCGGAUGUAUGGUCGUUUGGUGUCGUGCUCUACGAGAUACUCACUCUCGCUGAGAUACCAUAUCAAGGUUUCUCGAACGAAGAGGUGCUGCAUCACGUGCUGCAUAAAGGCAUGCUGAACAUACCGCGGAACUGUCCUGAAACCAUACAGAAGAUUAUGGAGAAGUGCUUUAAGUGGCGGCCCAGUGAACGUCCGACCUUCAUGGAGAUUGUUUCGGAGCUAGAACCGUUCCUGGGCCAGGACUUCUGUGAAAAGUCGUUCUAUCACUCCGAUGAAGGCAUCGAGAUACGUAGCCUCGGCAUCAAGAAGGUCUAUCACAAUGCCGCGCCGAUUCGAUUUCACUGGGGCCACGAGACCGCGAGAUGGGUGAAGGACUUCGAGGACAACGUGACGUUACUCGAUCAAAUGAAGGCGGGUACCAGCCGGGGGCGGAUCUUCAAGAACGGCUUCCAGCACUUCGGUAAUGUAACGAACUUCGAGGACGUUCCGCUCGAUCGAUGAGAUUAGUCGGUGUGCCGUUGAGCGGGAAAACUCAGCGGAACCGAGAUCUAACUGCUUGAAACCGUUUUUGGUUACAAAAUUCGCGGAAGGACACAUAGAUAUUAACGUACAAACAAUACUCAGGGCAAUACGCGAGUGGUCUAACGAGGCCGUUGGACAACAAUUAUGUAAAAAUGUUAUCAAGUCGCUCGCACGCUCGUUCGCUCACUUGCUCGCUCGCCCGCUUGUUCGUUCGUUCGUUCGUUCGCUGGCGUGGCGACAAGUGUUUCGUGUCCUUCUCUUGUUGCGAAUUAAACGUAAUCAAAUCUUGACGGUGGACAGCAAUUCGGAGAGGAGACCUCAUCACACAUCGUCGCGAUGGCAUACGGAAAAGAUGGUGUUCGUAAUAGAAGCUAAGCUAUCGAACAAGUAGGUAAAUAAACGUAAGCGCGUAGUGUUUCGUAAUCGAAAAUCGUGACUUCAUACACCCGUGUUUCUUUUUCUUAAACACGCUCGAAGUUCUUUCUGCCAUGUAUUAACUGUUCAUUCCUUUUGGGAUUUUUUUUUACCCUUUGCAGGGGCACAUAAAUUAGUUCUGAAGCAGCUAUUCCUGAAUCUUGCUCGGUCUUUAACAAUAUUAACAAAAUUACAAAAAUUGCAAAAUAUUCUACUAAGGAAACUUGAUAUAUUCGAUUAUUAAUGUCACAAGAGAGAAUAUGUUUUUUUAUCAAUCAUUUUAAAUUAAUUACAUUUAUAAUUGACAUAUCAAAAACAAAAUCUCACAAUUCAGUUAGUAUAUCAUUUUUUUUAAUACAUCCAAUCUUGCAAUUAUGUUAUUAGCAAAUUUCAGCGAAUUUAAUGUCUUGUUAUAACAUUUAUUUAAUGGAGACAUUAUUUAACACGUUAAUUCUGCUAAGCAAAACUUAUAAAUUAUUUCACGGAAAA